AUGGCGUACUUGAAGGGCGCGGUUGCAACACCGUUUGUGACCUUAUCGAAAAACCCUGAACAUACUCAGCAGCUAAUGUCAAUUCUGAAUAAGCGUCAGUCAAGUCUGGAGCAGAAUGACAGCGGCAGUUCCACUAGCAACAACAGCAGCCAGCCAGCGGUCGUUGGCAAUAUCAAUAGUUCUGGUCUCCCAGACAGCGGCAGCAUAAACGACUAUUCGACUGCAAAUGCCACUAAAGCCGAUACAUUUAAGGUUGAUAAAGUGACCGCCUCCUCAUCAGUCUCCUCCUCAAGCUCGUAUCUCACCAAGUCAGUAGUUGUCGUCUCAUCAGUGAGCAUCACACCCCCAGCCUCAACAUUACAUUCAUCAUCAGCAUCAUCAUCUUCCGGCAACUCCAAGUUCUACGAUUCAACAAAGUGCACCUCAUCGGCGACCAGCAACAACAACUUCUCCAUCAAAGACCUGUCACUUGAGUCCGUUUCGCCACUAAGUGUUUCUAACAUAAGCGUCUCAAAUAUAUCGGAGGAAAUUGGUCCCAUUCCUCCGCCACGAAUGUUCAGCGACGCCGUCAUCUCAACACUUCAGGCUGCCGAAGCGAACGUCAAUGGAUAUGGGAGAGGAGUGGGAGCAGAGAGGAACGAGUCUUCUGGCUACAGCAGCACUGGCUCGUCCCGGUUACCGCCAAUGGACAUGAACGGUCACAUGGAGCGGAACACACAGCUCGACCCACUGAUUGCGCAGAUCAACAGCAUGCACAUGGAUAUGGACAAAAUUCUCAGAGGAGAGCCGCUCUGUAUGGAGGACUAUUUACAGUACCUCGAGGACGAGUGGAGUUCACCAAUGGUGGAAGAGGUCUUUGCCAAAGAGCCGCAGUUUUCUGCUGUUCCCAAGAAGAGUGCUCUCAAGAAACCAAAGAAUCAACCACCAAACUUCCCGCUCAACUCAGCCGUCAUGUCUGCCUCUGCACAAAACGGUUCCAGUGAGCUGCAACAACAAGGGAACAAGGGCUCUUAUGUGAACCAUCACUUGCUCCAGACUAACUUCACUAAUGGUUCGGUAAUGUCUAAAGUGAGACAGUUUAAUGGUAACAUCAUUGGCGCCAGCAGUAGUAACAGCAGCAACAGCAGCGAAGCAAAGCUGCACGUCGCUAAACUAGGGCACAUUACGCCUUCCAUCACCUUGACAAACGCUGACCUGAAGUCGUGCAGUAUCAAUGAGACUAAUGAAGAUGACGACGACGACGGGUCAAUCAACUGGAAGGACUACUACGGCGACGAUGAGAAAGGCAAACUUGUUGCCAAGCUGGCGCGGAAGGAGUCACUGCAGCUGAAGCUGCUACAGAGGCCCGACAAACAGGAGCUGAUUGAUAAGAACAUCAUUCCGUGUAUGAGUGAGAAUGAGCGGCACGACAGUCGGGAGGCGAUUGGCUCCAAGCUGAACCGUCGUCUCAGUCUGAGGCCUACGGCUGAAGAGCUUGAACAGCGAAACAUUCUCAAGCAGCAGUCGCCGGAUGAGAUUCGACAGGACAAGGAGAAGACCAAGCAAACACUUAUUCGAAAGCUAAGCUUUCGCCCGACGAUCGAUGAGCUGAGGGAGAGGAAGAUUAUCCGUUUUAACGACUAUGUGGAGGUAACUCAGGCCAACGACUACGACCGGCGGGCAGACAAGCCUUGGAUGAGGCUGACGCCUAAAGACAAGGCUGCUAUACGCAAAGAGCUUAAUGAAUUCAAGAGUGCUGAAAUGGAAGUACACGAAGACAGUCGGCACAUGACCAGGCAUCAUUGCGGUAAAAAGGUAUCGGUAGAAGGUAAAGAUGAUGGCCAAAAAGGCAAAGCCCAUGUACAAGGCAUACAAGCGCCAAGCAAUAUUAACCGUUAUGGUUCCACCGAUCCGGAUAAGAUAACGACCAAAGAGGUUGUAGUAGAAGAAGUGAAAGAAGUGAACAACGAUGACGACGCCAGCCGAGCGAGCCAUCAAUAA